AAGACUAAAGGAGGGAAGGGCAAGGGAAAGGAUAAUACUGAGGGGGAUGACAAGGGGAAGGGGGGGAAAGGCUUGAAGGCCGCGACAUCGAUUAAUGCCCGACAUAUCCUGUGUGAAAAACACUCCAAAAAAGAAGAAGCCUUAGAAAAGCUUCGCAAUGGCUCCAAAUUCGAUGAAGUAGCAAAAGAAUACUCUGAAGACAAGGCUAGACAGGGAGGGUCACUAGGUUGGAAAACCAGAGGAAGUCUACACGGCGACUUUGAAAAAGUCGCGUAUGAGCUUGAGCCAAGCACGACGGGGAAUCCGAAGUAUGCUGAAGUGAAGACUAGCCACGGAUAUCAUAUUAUCAUGGUUGAGGGUAGGAAGUGA